AUGGUGGCAACUAACUUGGUGUGGUCCUCAGCUGGUGCUGAACACUCACCAUUAAUGGUCACUUUGCCGGAUAGUAAUAUACAAGUUCCUAUUUACGUUCCUGAAGUCCAGCUUGAUGAUCAACUCCAUUACUCACUUCAACAUAAUCCUCCUUGGCAUGAAGCGGUUACAAUGGCUUUCCAACAUGUGAUUGUGAUGCUGGGAAUGACUGUCAUGAUUUCCACUAAACUCGUACAUCUAAUGGGAGGAAAUGAUGCAAUGAUGUCUGCCUCAACUACGUUCAUUAUACCAGUCAUUUCUAUUAUCAAAGAUAUGUCCAAGUACAGAUUCACUAGUGAACAUGAGAGAUUUGUUUACACAAUGAGAUCUAUUCAAGGUGCUUUAAUCAUUUCAUCAAUGUUCAAUAUCCUCAUUGGGUAUAGCAAGGCAUGGGGAUAUUUUACAAGAUUCCUCAGUCCUGUAUCUAUUAUACCAAUCAUUUGUCUGGGGGGACUUAGCAAGUUCCGAAGUGGUUUCCCCCAGCUUGGAGAGUGCAUAGAGAUUGGUCUGCCCAUGCUAAUUCUACUUGUUAUCAGUCAGCAGUAUAUGAAGUUUAUAGGUGGGACCAAAAAUGCUACAUUUGAGAAAUUUGGUGUACUGUUUAGUGUUGCAAUUGUCUGGGCCUUUGCUGCACUACUUACUGUGAGUGGUGCAUAUAACCAUGUCAGCGAACAAACUAAGUUCAGCUGCCGUGUCGAUCGUUCCAAUAUCAUGUCAGCAUCUCGAUGGAUUAGAAUACCAUACCCUUUUCAGUGGGGUGCACCUAUAUUCAAAGCUAGCCCCAUUUUCGGAAUGAUUGGAGCGGCACUUGUUUCAACUUCUGAGUCAACAGGAACAUAUUAUGCUGCAUCACGGUUCUCAGGUGCUACACCUCCUCCAACUAAUGUGCUUACUCGAAGCGUUGGUUUACAGGGUUUGGGGAUGCUGUUUGAUGGUUUGUUUGGAGCAGUUGUUGGUACAGAUGUAUCAGUAGAAAAUGUUGGGCUUCUAGGAAUAACACGUGUUGGAAGUCGAAGAGUGGUGCAGAUAUCUACCAUUUUCAUGAUUUUCUUUUCAAUAUUUGGAAAGUUUGGUGCAUUCUUCGCAUCGAUUCCGUUCCCUAUAUUUGCAGCUAUUCACUGUGUUCUCUUCGGUCACAUAUCUGCCGCUGGAAUCUCAUAUAUUCAGUUCACGAACAAUAACUCUCAGAGGAACUUGUACACAAUUGGCCUGUCAUUGUUCCUUGGUAUAUCGAUCCCGCAGUAUUUUAAUGAUGCAACUAACAACAGAGGACGAGUGAACACAGCAGGCCUAUGGUUCAAUAACAUUUUCAACACAAUAUUCUCUUCGGGCCCGACUGUGGUAACGGCAUUUGGGACAGUACUUGAUAAUACACUUGACACUAAGGGUACGGCCGCGGCCUACGACCGAGGAAUGCUUUGGUGGUCUAAGUUCCAAAACAGUGACCCUACUGGAGUUUACAGGUUUCCACCCCCUCUUAGCAGGCAUCCUCGUCCAUGUACCCAGCCUCCUCCUCCAUCCCCAUCUCCUCCUCCUUGUCCUCCUUCUCCCCCUUCUUGUCCUCCAUCUCCUCCCCCAAAACAACCACCGGACAUAAUUAAAGAUAUCGAGCGUUCGCCACUCAGACAAAACUACUGCCCUCAUAUUAAUUCUAGUAGUCCUUGUGGAGAAUAUUGUCGCCAUGUACAUAUUUCUGCUUAUCCAUAUGUUGAGGACUGCCCCCACGUAUUUCCACGAGUUCCUUGUAUACAAAUGUAAAUAGCCCGAUCUUAGAGCUACACAAUGAAAUACGCCUUUACGAUUUA